CCUCGUAUCAUUCUCCCUUUUUCUCCCUAAUUCCGAAACGGCCCCAAAUUCUAGGUUUUACGUUCACUUCGCUACGCCUCUCUGAUGUGAAUUAUGGCAAAGGGGAAACUCAUACUGAUCAGCCAGUAUGGUGGUGAAUUUAUAACAAAAGAUGAUGGGAUCUUAUCUUAUAAUGGAGGAGAGGCAAAUGCUGUGAGCAUCAAUCAUGAUACCUUGUAUGAUGAUUUGAAGUUGAAGAUUGCUGAAUUGUACAAUUUGGAUCUGAAAACUAUUGCGCUCAAGUACUUUCUCCCAGGAAAUCAACGAAAUCUUAUUACUUUGAAGAAUGAAAAGGACCUAAAGAGGAUGCUUGAUUUUCAUGGGAACUCAGUGACAGCUGAUGUCUUUGUAUCUGGGAAACAUGGGUUUGAGCGUCCAGCCUUGAAGAAUGAUGCCUCAAGUGGUAAUACAUCCAGGGGAGUUGGCAUAAAAUUGGCAGAGACUGUGGACCAUGUAAUUCCUCCCCCAGCUGCUAAUAGUUCUGGCCCUGAUGUAAGAUCUAGGCAAAAGAAUGCUGCAGCUGCUGAUAGAGUUCCGGUUAUUACGCCUGAUAAUUUGGUGGAUGUCAAUGUAACUAUGGAGAGUCCAAGCAGAACCACCAGCACAUCUACUCCUUCCUCUGCGCAUGGUGGUGAUUAUGAUUCCGAUUAUGCUCCCCGCCGUGUUGUUGCUGGUGGUGUUUCUGCUCGUAGCCCCAUCAACUUUGAUGCAGGUAGCACCCCAGCAGAUACAGUCAAAAAGAGAAGGCGUACUGCUUCUUGGAAAGUUGGUACCAAGGGUCCAGUUAUUGUGUCAGAUGCAGAUAACGCACAAGAAAAGCGAUCUCGUAAGAAGAGUAGCAGAGGCAGAUUUAUCAAGGUACAUGAUGACGUUGAACUGAAAGGAGAUCCUAAGUCAGGGACAGAUGAUCUGGGGAGUCCCUACGGUAUUGUUAUUCGUGAUCAAGAUCUUCCAGAAAAUCUGGUUGCUUCAUGGAGAGAUAGCAUUACCGGAGUAGGUCAUGACUUUGAAAGUGUGAAAGAGUUUCGAGAUACCCUGCAGAAGUAUGCUAUUGCUCAUCGUUUUGUCUACAAACUAAAAAAGAAUGAUACAAAUCGUGCUAGUGGCAUGUGUGUUGCUGAAGGCUGUCCUUGGAGGAUUCAUGCAUCUUGGGUUCCUGCAUCUCAAUCAUUUAGGAUUAAGAAGUUCGAUAAUGUACACACAUGUGGAGGGGAAGCUUGGAAAUCUGCUCAUCCCGGAAGGAAUUGGCUGGUUAGCAUUAUAAAGGAGAGGUUACGAGAGUCCCCACAUCAUAAACCCAAGGAUAUUGCUAAUGGCAUUUUCCGGGACUUUGGGAUCGAACUAAAUUAUACACAAGUGUGGCGUGGGCUGGAGCAUGCCAGGGAGCAGCUUCAAGGUUCAUACAAAGAUUCGUACAAUCAGUUACCAUCUUUUUGUGAGAAAGUGAUGGAGACAAAUCCUGGUAGCUUUGCCAAUCUCGUCACUAAUGAUGACAAAAGGCUUAAAUGCCUUUUUGUCUCAUUUCACUGCUUAAUACAUGGUUUUCAAAAUGGUUGUCGCCCCCUUCUUUUUCUUGAAUCAACAUCAUUAAAGUCAAAAUACCAGGAAAUGUUGUUGACAGCCACUGCAGUCGACGCAGAUGAUGGGUUCUUCCCAGUUGCCUUUGGCAUAGUUGACGUUGAAAAUAAUGACAAUUGGCGUUGGUUUCUGGAACAAUUGAAUUCUGCAAUUUCAACUUCCCAGCCCAUCACUUUUGUCUCAGAGAGGGAAAAGGGUUUAAAGAACUCUGUGCUUGAGGUAUUUGAGAAUGCUUAUCAUGGUUAUUCCAUGUUCCACCUUGUUGAAAGCUUCAGGAGGAGUUUGAGAGGUCCAUUUCACGGGGCUGAUGGAAGAGGUGUCUUGCCUGGUAUUUUUCUUUCCGCUGCUCAUGCUGUCCGAAUUGGUAGUUACAAAAAAUUCACUGAACAAAUAAAGCAGAUCUCAUCACAAGCAUAUGAUUGGGUAAUCCAAAUAGAGCCAGAGUGUUGGACAAGUUUGCUAUUUAAGGGAGAGCGUUAUAACUAUAUCACUGAAAAUGUCUCUGAACUGUACACCAAGCUUAUGGAGGACGUCCAGGAGGCUACAAUAAUGCAGAAGAUUGAGGCUCUCGUAUGUAUGAUUAGUGGUUUGGUUAAGAAUCGGCAAACGCUGUCAAGUUUGUGGUCUUCUAAACUAACUCCAUCAAUUGAGAAAAAGCUGCAGGAAGAUGCACUUAAAGCCCGCAGUCUGAAAGUGUUGUUCUCGUCUGAUAUCCUUGCUGAGGUUCAUGAUGAUUGCACCCAUGUUGUGAACAUUGAAAGCCAGGAAUGUACUUGCCUGGAAUGGAAAGAGAAUGGUCUACCAUGCCGGCAUGCUAUUGCUGUCUUAAAUUGCAGGGGCAAAAGCAUUUAUGAUUACUGCCCAAAACAUUUCACCGUAGAGAGUUUUUGUUCAAUAUAUUCUGCAUCCUUGAACCCUAUACCUGACAUUGGCAAGCCUAUAGACAAGGAAGAGGCUGAUUCAGACUCAGUACAGGUGCUUCCCCCAAAUCCCCCUAAAUUAACUCCUGAACAGAAGAAGGAACAGGCGAGAAAGGAGGCGCUGAAUAGGAGGACAGUCACUUGUACUAGGUGCAAGGAGCCAGGACACAAUAAAGCCUCGUGCAAAGCAACUUUGUAAUUCCUAAGUUCCUUCUUGUUGUGCAUCCUGUACAGCUUGUACAAUAGCAAUUGAUUGCUUGUUGACGAGCUUAUCUUAGCAGCUCAGACAUGCUGUGCAGUUGUCUUCAUUAGAUUAAUCAUUAGCAUAGGACUAUAUUGGACUGAAAACAAUUUUAGGAAACGGAAAUCUAGGUUUGAACUUGUGUUGAUAGUUGUUUCCAAUUUAGUUAUGUUGAAUUUUCGGGCAAAUGGCAUGGUUGGUUUGUUUGUUUU